AUGUAUGGGGUUCCUCCAGAAAAAGGGUCUACUAUUGCCACAAACGAGUUGUAUGACCGGACUAAAUGCACAACAUGUUGCAGGAUUAUUAUUGCGUCUGGAUACAACUAUGACUAUAACCGUGGCUUCACGGAAGAUGACUACGUUAAAGGAAAAGGGAGAAUAUUUACCUUUGACUUUGAGUUCGACAACGUCAAUGAACUACGAAGUUCAUGGAAUCCCUAUGAACAAGCAAUCAUGCUAAGACCACUCAACACGACACGAGACUUCCAGUUCUUUGAGUUUUCUGCUUAUAAGAUGUUCACAUCAUUUGUAUACCCAAGACGUGUUUUUGAUGUCAGAAACUUUGUUGUGAAAGGACACGUAUUGAUCAUUUGGAGAAAGAAUCCACCACUCUCAGACGCUCCAGGUACAAACAAUCAACGAUUUGUUUAUGCAUUCCCUUAUGAAAAUAGUUAUUACAUCGCUGCUUUUGAAAAGAGAUGGGUUCCUUAUCCAAGACACUUUUUCUUGCCUUAUUAUUUAACAAGUCCAUACUGUUAUGAAGGAAGUCAAAGGGGUGAAUUCUUCGAUUGGCCAGCAGAGAGUCAAAUGAGAAAUGUACCAGACUGUUUCCAAAUAAAAGCGUGGCCGUGCAGCGCAACAGAACCUAGACAGAUAUUCAUUCCCAUCUAUGCCUAA